AAAAGCAUUCAAAUGCAUGGCUUAGUGGGUGGAGAUGAGGUGCCACCAGGAGCAUAAAUAGGCAUUCCACACCUUCUUUGUUCACACUGAAACUUGGAGCACUGUACCUGUUCUUCACAGGAGGAGGAGGGCAGAGAAGCUUUAGCCAUGGAGAAGAGCUUAGUAUCUGUGUUAGUUUUGAUCGUUGCUGUCACUCAUACCUUGGCAAAAGACACUACAACGAAAGAUGGGAAAAAGGACACAAAUGAAGCCACAAACACCAAAAUAAAGCUGCCCCAGACUCUCUCCAGAGGCUGGGGUGAUUAUCUUAUCUGGACUCAGACUUAUGAAGAAGCUCUCCACAAAGCCAAGACAAACAACAAACCUAUAAUGAUCAUCCACCACUUGGAGGAUUGUCCUCAUAGUCAUGCACUGAAGAAAGUUUUUUCUGAGAGCAAAGAAAUACAGAAGUUGGCUGAGAAAUUUGUUCUCCUUAACCUUAUUUAUGAAACCACAGACAAACAUCUCUCCCCUGAUGGCCAGUAUGUUCCCAGAAUCCUGUUUGUAGAUCCUUCACUGACAGUUAGAGCAGAUAUUACUGGAAGAUAUUCCAAUCGCCUCUAUGCUUAUGAACCAACAGAUAUCCAACUGUUAUACUCAAACAUGCAGAAAGCACUGAAGCUGCUGAAGACUGAAUUGUGAAGGAAGGAAAUGGACCAGCCAGCACAUCUUCCUGUUCUAAUUCAGCCUAUAAAACUUAUUCUGACUAAAGAAUAUACAUUGGUCUUAGAUAUGCAAUGCAUAACUAACAGCUCAAUGGUGUUGUAAAAACUGGUUUUGUACAAUGUGGCAUUUUAAGUAUUGAUUUCUUUUAUAAACUAAGCUUAGAAGGUUACUGUAUGCUUUUUUCUGCAAAUCAGGAUUUUAAAAAAUAAAUCUACUUCAUGAUGUUUACAGAA